UCUUUUUGACGGUGCAGCGAAGUAUCUCGGCAAACAUGAAAGCCCUCCGAUUUUACCGGUUCUACACAGACGCCACAGACCGCCCUUUUGCGUUAUUCUAGUCACUACAUUGACAUUAGACAAACAUAAAAAACGACAUGGUGCAUGUUUUAAUAUCACAGCUGUUAAACAAUGUGGACAAAUUUUUAAAACAGAUUUAUAAAGACGUGGGGAGAUGGGUUUCAGCCAAAGCAGCCGCUUUUCAACUCAACAGUGCUUUGGUAGAUCAGGUAAAGGGCAUCUCGUGUAAUAUCUUACAUCUCGCGAUAGAAUGUUCUUGCCCUCUGUUGAGAGAACGUAGCGAAGAGGGUGGUGUUGUAGAAGAGAAGAUGUCUCAGGAAACCUCGGCCAGAACAUCUUCACUGGUAGCUGUUCAUUCAGACUCCCAUAGACUGAGCAUCCUGAGUAAAUUUCACAAACUAAGGGGAAGGGACCUGCUGUGUGACGUCACUCUGGUCGUGGAGGACGUUCAUUUCAGAGCUCACAAAGUUCUGCUGGCAGCAAGCAGUGAGUACUUCUCCCUCAUGUUCACAUCACAGGAUGGUAUCGGUCAGUCUACCUUCAGACUGGACGGCAUGGCAGCUGAGAUGUUCUCCACAGUGCUGGAGUUCAUCUACAGUGCUCACGUGUCCCUGGAGGAGAACACCACAGAGCAACUCCUGGCCGCAGCUCAUCUGGUGGAAGUGAAAGACCUUGUGAAAGUGCUCACUGAACUGACAGCUGGUGCAAAAGAGGUUGAAGACGACACAAGAUGUGUAGACAGACCUGAGGAUCCUCAUCUGUCCAAACGCAAAAAAGGACGACCAAAGAAAAUUGUGGCAGUAACGGAGCAGGAGGCAAAAAGUUCACACUUGGACAAUAUGGACAAUAACCAAAAAGAAGGCAACUGUAAAACUGACACUGAUGUUGAUCCAGAAGUCCAUCUGGGUCGACAGAGCAAACGCAAAGUCAGGCCUCCAGUAAAAUACCUGAAUUACCAAGUGGACCAGGACACAGCGGUGAGCAAAGAGCCGGGGAAAAAAGGCAGGAAAAGAAAAUAUCCAAACACAGAAGCAAGAUGUGAGGACUGUGGCAAAGUGUUUAAAAAUCACCUCUUUUUAAUAAUCCACAAAAGGACACAUACAGGAGAGAAACCUUUCCGCUGCCAAGUGUGUGGGAAGAGUUUUAGCCAGAAUUACAUACUGCUGGUUCACCAGCGCAAGCACACGGGAGAGAAACCGUUCGUCUGCACCAUCUGCUCCAAAGCCCUCUGCACCAAACACUCACUACAGGAACACAUGAACCUGCACAAUGAAGAGAGGUCUUUUGGAUGUGACAAAUGUGGAAGGACUUUCACACAGAAGAAACAACUCAACUGUCAUUACAGGGUUCACACAGGAAAAUCAUUCCCAGAAUGUGCAGAGUGUCAUCACAAGUUUCCUGACAAAGCUCAGCUGAGAAAACAUCUGAGAACUCACACAGGAGAGAAGCCUUUUACCUGUGAGAUUUGUGGAAAGUGUUUUACAGCCAAGAGCACGCUGCAGACUCACAUACGAAUUCACAGAGGUGAGAAGCCGUACGCCUGCAGCCUCUGCAACAAGUCCUUCUCGGACCCCAGCGCCAGGAGACGACACGUCUCCUCUCACUCAGGGAACAAACCCUUCACCUGCUCCACCUGCAACCUUACAUUCACUCGUCUGGACAAUCUGAGAACUCACACCAAAUCACACGGCAAGGAGCGAGUGCAGUCAGCGGAGUCUGCCUCAGACACAGCAGUGGUGAUGUCAGCAGCAGAGCCUCAGGAGGAGGUGGAGGAAGAGGAGCGGAACAUCCUGCAGCUUCAGCCGUACCAGCUGCCAUCCAGCUCCGAGCAGGAGAUCCAGCUGGUGGUCAACAACAUCAACUUUGUGCACGAACAGGACAUCAGCAUCAUCACCUCAGAGGGCGACACAGCCGAGCCAGGCCAGUCCAGACUCACCCUCCUCACCCAGGCUUCGGGGCACAUGCAGAACGUGGCUCUGGUCGCUCAGGGCGCCGUGGUGGACCACCACGCGACUCAGAUCCAGAACAUCGGCAUGCUGGAGGGACAGGUGACGCAGCAGCCGGAGCAGAUGCACCUCAUCACUCUGAGCAAAGAGGCCAUGGAGCAGCUGCAGUCGCAGCACGGCCCUGCUCAGCAGCUGCAGGUGAUGCAUCAGCCCGUGCAGCAGCACGGCCAGGCCAUUCACAUCAGCAGCCAGAGCAGCCAGCCCAUUUCCAUCAGCCAGACCAGUGAGCAGAUCUCCAGCCACCACAUCCAGGGACAGACCUUUCAGAUCCAGGCAGGAACUGUGUCCUAUCUGUGUACCACUGGUCUCCAGCAGGAGAGCUGAGUGUGGACCAGACUCUGAGACAUGGACCUGAACAGAUUUUAUAUCUGAGUGUGUUCAGCACAAAACAGUUUUACCCACUCACUAAGGUUUGACUGAAAGAGUUGAGUUUUUUUUUUUUUAAGAAAAUAAAUGUUACAAAAGGCAGCGUCUCAACAUGGAGAGUGGAUUUCUGUCUUUAAAAAAAAAAAAACAAUUUAACAAAAAACUGACAAAUUUAAUAAAUAUAUGCCAAAACAUAUCAGUUGUUAUAAAGUAUCACUAAGUCACUAAGGAAAAGAGAAAUAUCUGGUCUGUUUUUUUUUAAACUUUAGAUAUACAAACCUAUUGUAAAAACCCAACAGUGGAGUUCUUAGUCGUCUUUGGUGACAGUAAAAAAACACUGGUUCAAGGCCAAGUGUAACUGAUGUUAUUUUUAAUGGGCAUUUUUUGUGUUUUCAUAUAAAAAAAAAAGUUCAGUUUUAAGGUGCGUCAAUUGUUCACGCCAAAUCAAUCACUGAAUAGUUAUUGAGAUGCUUUUAACCAGAUGAAGUAUUUAGAAAUCAACUCUUCUUGGUUCUUAAUCUACUACAUCAACUUAGUUGAAUAAAAGUAGAACUUGAAAA